GACGCGGCGCGGCGCGGCGGAGGCGCCGCUCGCCCCGGUGCCGGCGCCGGUGCCAGUGCGGCGCCAUGUGCGGCCGCUUCCUCCUCCUGCUGCUGCUGCUGCCGCCGCUGCCGCGGGCCGCCGGGACGGUGUGCGGCUGCUGCGCGGGGCCGCUGCACAACGGCUCCGCCGUGGGGCGGUACUGCGCGUCCCGCGCGGACGCGGAGCCCCGGGGACGCUGCUGCGUGGCCGGGAGCCCCCACGCGGGGCGCGUCGUGGGGCUGGACCUGAGUAACUGCUCGCUGCGGAGCCUCCCGCCGGGGCUGCCGGAGGCGGCGGCCGCCGUGGUCGUCGACCUGACGGAGAACCCGCUGGCGGCGCUGCCCAACGCCUCCUUCCGGGGCUUCACCCGCCUGCGGAGCCUCGCGGUGCCGCUCUCCCUGGAGUGUCCGGGCGGGAGCGGCGCCUGGGAGCAGGUCACGACGCUCGGGAGCAGCCGGCUCUGCCAGCGCCAGAGGAAUCCCUGCAACAGCUCCGAGGAGCUGGCCUGGCUGUGCCCCGAGAACGCGCGCUGCGCCCCGGACGGCCCCGGCCUCUCCCAGUGCCUUUGCGCCGGCCCCUUCCACGGCUACAAGUGUCUGCGCGAGGGCGCCUUCCCGGGGCUGCUCUUCUGCGGCGUCCUGGGGGCCGUGACGGCAGCGCUCUCCCUCCUGCUCUGGAGCACCCAGCGCCGCCAAGCCGAGGCGCCCUGACCGGGGCCGGGGUGCAGCCAGCAGCACCGUCUCCUCGCGUCCGUCGCGCUCCCGCCCGCGGCGCGGGCUGAGCCGCGGUCUCUCGGCUGUACCUGCCCCUAUGUUCUCGCGCAGCGCUACCAGAGCUCAGA